AUGGUUCUCAAUGUACCAGGUCUGGUAGUGAUGGCGGCAUUCUACCUGCUGAUCUUGGGCACGGGCAUCUGGGCGUCUAUGCGCUCCAAGAAGGAGGAGAAGAAGUGCACAGGAGAUGGCAUGGAGAUAACACUCCUGGCCGGGCGCAACAUCAACCUGCUAGUCGGCAUCUUCACUCUUACUGCUACAUGGGUGGGUGGAGGCUUUAUCCUCGGUAUAGCUGAGGCAACAUACAACCCAACACUAGGCGCAGUGUGGGCUCUCAUGCCUGUGCCUUAUGUCCUGACCUUCUUCUUAGGUGGCUUUUUCUUUGCCAAGCCUAUGAGAGAGAACAAGUAUGUGACGAUGAUGGACCCCUUCCAACAGAAAUAUGGGAACUUUUUGAGCAGUGCACUGAUCUUUCCUGCACUGGUUGCUGAUGUCUUGUGGGUGGCACGCACACUAGUCAGCCUGGGUGGAACUAUGAGCGUGAUCCUGGACCUGUCCUACAUCUACUCCAUCGUCAUCUCCUCAGUGGUGGCCAUAAUCUACACACUGCUGGGGGGGCUCUACUCUGUGGCCUACACAGAUGUCAUCCAGCUCAUCCUCAUCUUUGUCAGUCUGUGGGUGUGUGUUCCUUUCCUGCUGACCAACCCUAACUCUCUGGACAUCUCACUGACGGCCUACAACCAGACCUUCCAGGCUCCCUGGGUCGGCACGGUGGAGCUCAGCGAGGCCGGAAAGUGGUUUGACGACUUCAUGCUGCUGGCUCUGGGCGGUUUGGCCUACCAGGCAUUCUACCAAAGAAUCCUGUCCGCCUCAUCUUACACCCAGGCUCAAGUGACCUGCUUCGCCUCUUCUGGCUUCUGCCUGGUGCUGGGUAUCCCCUCCGUGAUCGUCGGGGCUGUGGCUGCGUCUACAGACUGGAACUCAACAAGCUAUGGAUUGCCCACCCCAUAUGAGCGUGACCAGGCAGGCUCCAUCCUCCCCAUCGCCCUGCAGUACCUCACUCCCACCUACAUCUCUGUCUUGGGCAUUGGAGCUGUAGCUGCCGCUGUCAUGUCCUCCAUGGACUCGGCUCUUCUGUCGUCUGCCUCAUUGUUCUCCUCAAACAUCUACAAGAACAUUCUCAGGAAACAAGCGUCAGACCGUGAGAUGCAGUGGGUGAUCCGUAUCUCAGUAGUGGUGGUGGGCCUGGCUGGCACGGCCCUCACCUUCCUGGACAGCAGUGUCCUGGUCUUCUGGCUGGUGGGUGUGGACAUGUCCUACACCAUCAUGUUCCCUCAGCUGGUGUGCGUCCUCUUCUUCAAGGUGUCCAACGGGUACGGAGCCUCUGUGGGCUACAUGAUGGGAAUCAUCAUGAGGGUCCUGAGUGGCGAGCCACUCAUUGGCCUCCCGCCAGCCAUCAAGUUCCCCGGCUGCCGUCUGGACAAAGAGGGAAAGCUAACCCAGUACUUCCCCUUCCGCACAGCCAUCAUGGUCAUCUCACUCGCAUCCAUUCUGCUCUUCUCCUGGCUGGCGUCCAUCAUUUUCAACAAGGGUCUGCUGUCCGAGAGGUGGGAUGUGUUCAAGAUCAAACGCAAGCAGACAUCCGCAGCAAGUGCCGCGGACGAGAAGAGGACCAACUCUGAUACCGAUGAAGGCUCAGCGGCCAAACAGCUACUGGAUACCACCACCACCAGCUGCUGAAGAGGCUCACGGAGAUGGAGAGAAGAUGGGCACUGGCUGGGAGGCGGACGUGUUUGUUCGUCUACUAAGCAGGAGUUCACACAGGGGGAACAACGGCAAAGGCUGGACAUUAUGUACAGAUGCUGUGCAAUAUCACAGUGAAUUUGUGGAAAUGACAUUUACAUUAGCAGAAGGCAAUCUGAGCUCUCUGGCACCCUACUCCAUCAGUUGCCUCAUUGUCUUCCACAGAGAAUACAGUAAAAAUAGGCUCCCUGGAAAGGUUGCAUUACCAAACAAGCCAUUACCCAGCAUAGCAUAAAAUGUAUGUUGUUUACACACCAUAGACCCAGAAUGAAAUGCUACAGAUUGUGCUGCAUUAUAGAGACAUAUCUCUAUAAUGCAUGUAUAUUUAUUUCGUUAUCACUGAACUCGGAGGCAAGUUCAGCCAUCAAGCCAUUUAAAUUCGUUUCCAUUUGAAAAAGCAAAACAUGAUUUAAAGUUAAAUGUUCACAAUAAUACAACUAAUACCUCUUAUUCAGUAGAUUCUACUCAAAAAAGAACCGACUUGUAUUUUGAACCACAUUUUGAGGAAUUGAGAUACCACCUUGAGAUCUUUGACACACCUGAUCCAGUUCCUAAAGAACACUUUAUGACAAAAGACACUCGCACAUAAAAUGGACUUCAUCCCACAAUUAAUCCAGCAGAAUGAUGACUAAACAGUUUACAAUUCAAACAAACAAAAUUUGUAUGCAACAUUAACUGAAAAACGAUGACUCAGCUCGUGUCUCACGGCGCUGCACUGUACUGUCAGCGCACCAACUUCUCUCUCAGUGUGAACCUCUGUUAAUGAUUUGCAGCUAUGUGCAGCAUGACAGGGCUCUGUUUCCUACCAGAACAAAGAAAUGACGAGUGCACGGUCUGCACUGUUCCACAGUGCAUUUGUGAAAGUCAUUCUUAUUAUUUAACAGUUUAUUUGAUUGUGAUCUGAUCUCUUCCUUUCUCUAGUUGAUCUGCUGCCUCUGCUAUACAACAAUUGUAAUUCUUCUGGGCUUUCUUGUUAAUAUAAGAUAAUUUUUCACUUUGUCUAAAUUAUUACAUAUAUAUAUAUAUAAUCAUUAUAGACUUUUUUUAAAUGACAGACUGUGCUGUUUUCCGAAUAAUCAGAGUUGUGUGAAUAUAUGCAAGAUGUGAAGAUUUAUAGUUUUAUUGCAAGUAAAUUUUCACAGAGCAAUGUUUACCUCCAACUCAAAUAGCGCUCAAUAGACACCAGCAAGUGUUUUUAUUUUUCUUCUAUUUACCACACUGUGACAACAUUUGAAACCACCCAGCUAUGGAUGACUAAAGUGUCCUACCCUGUCUGACUGCUCUGAGUUGGUUUGCAGUGCAAUGCUGGUGGCUUUGUCGUGAAAGCAAUAUUGAAACUCACAAAUGGCCACCAAAAACCCUCGGACUAAAGAGACACAAACACUAUUUCAGGCUUUUUAAACCCUCAGUGGUUUUGUGCUAAUGACUUGUUUUAUCGUGAAUAGCAGCAGGGAGAGACCAAACUGCAGAACUCGAUCUCCCAGCAUCCCGCAGUCAAUGUAAGCCCAUUCCCCUCAACUGCAGUUUACCCACAUCAUAGAUAACUGAAUGUAGCAGUUUUCUACAACUGCGCGGAGAGAAAGAACACCAGACAUAUCCCUCGUUUUCCUUCUCCUCACCCAUUCCUCCCCCUCGUUUUUCUUCUCCGUCCGUCAGUGUGACAGAUGUGCCUUUCAGUCUGUCAUUGACUUUGUACUAUAAAGUUUUAUUUUGUUAAAUACUCUCUGCACAGCUGUAGUUUUAUAGUGGGAUCUUUUUUUCCCCUGUGGUGGUGAAAAUGUUUGCAGCAACCAUUCUAAGAAAUGACAUUAAAGUUUCACAACAGUACAAACUUUACUCCCUUCUAAUAAUUAGAUUUUAUUUGAGAACAGACUGUUCAAUGAGCCUUGUGUUUUUUUAUUUAUGUUGUGUUGUACUGAGCCUACAUAGUUUAUUGAGCAAAGAGAUUCAGUGACAGUCAGAAAGCCUUCCUCUACCAUACUGUUACCUUAAUAAUAUCACUGGAAAAUAGUUUCAAUUUGCUGUUCAUUCUAAAAUGGGUGUAUAUUCACACUGUUUAAAUACCUCAUGGAUUGGUAAUGUUGACUUAAAGUAUACAAAACUUUAACGUAUGAUUCUGACAUCUAUCCAAAGCAUACUGUAUGAAUGUCAUUUUCCAAAGACUAAUUGCACAGAACAAACCGUCUCAUAACAGGACACAAUGCAUCCAUCUUUUUAUAUGAGUGAUUGUGAUUUCUACCUGUAUUAUACUCUUGUACUGUACAGUCUAAUCAUGAUUUGUAUAUUUACACUUUUUAUUUUUUAUCAAAGUUGAUCUCUAUGAGUUGAGUUUUAGAAGAAAGAUACGAAAUGUGUAUUUUAUCUCAAUUUAGUAACGUUUAAAGUCACAUUAAAUUCACCUUCAAUUUUGCAGAACAUUAAAUGUAAUUUCACCUUCACACAUGUUUAAAUCACUGUUGAUUUGUAUCAGUGGUGAUUCUGAACAGGUAUGCGUUGUACACCGGAAAAAACCUGUUACAUAUUGAUGAGUUAAAGUAAUAGCCAUUGUAGAACUAACACUCCAGACACGAUGGAAGAAAACCUUCCAGCAGUCCUCAGAAGCCGUCCACAAUAUAGUGUAAGAUGGCAGUGACGUCAUCUGUGCAUUUUCAUCACUUUUUGAGGAGAAGUGUUUAAUUUUCCAUGUUGGGUUACUGAAACAUUGUCUAUAAAAGUACUGGACAGUUGUUUUGUAUAGUAUUUUCCCCUAAUAUGUAUUUGGUUUUAUACUAUUAUGCAUGUUUAUUGUCAUAAACUGUGUUGUUUGUAUACUGAACUUUUGUGAAGGCUGUUCUCUCUUGCCACUUGGCAAGGCCCUACUUUGUAAUGGGUUAAUGUAAAUCCCCAUGGGGUGAUGUUCUGUCAGAAUAAAGGCUGAAACCAA